CAGCACCUCUCUGAUUGGAAACAAUUGCAGAUCAUGAUUUUGGGAGAAAAUAAAUUUUCAGGAAUCAUACCAAUGAACUUAUCACAAAAAUUAGAAGUCGUCAUAUUGAGAGCUAACCAAUUUGAAGGGACUAUCCCAAGGCAAUUAUUCAAUCUUCCUUAUUUGUUUCAUUUGGACCUUGCUCUAAACAAACUUUCAGGAUCUAUACCAGAAUGUGUCUAUAACUUGACUGAUAUGGUUACAUUUGAAGAGGAGGAAUUACCAGCAGGUACCACAAUUGAGUUGUUUACAAAAGGUCAAGAUUAUAUGUAUCGAGUAAGUCCAAAAAGACGAACCAUUGACCUUUCAGCAAAUAGCUUGUCUGGAGAAGUGCCUUUGGAAUUGUUUAGGCUUGUUCAGCUUCAAACGUUAAACUUAUCUCACAAUAAUUUGAUUGGAACAAUACCAAAAGUGAUUGGAGGCAUGAAAAAUAUGGAAUCUCUCGAUCUCUCUAAUAAUAAGUUUUGUGGUGAAAUUCCUCAGAGCAUGUCUGUCUUAACCUUUUUGGGUUUUUUGAAUUUAUCUUGCAAUAAUUUAAACGGAAAAAUCCCAACUGGAACACAACUUCAAAGAAUUAAUGCAUCGAGUUACAUUGGGAAUCCUAAACUAUGCGGAGCUCCUCUCAAUAAUUGUACCAUGAAAGAAGAAAAUCCUAAAACUGCAACACCAUCUACAAAGAAUGAAGAUGAUGACUCUAUCAAAGAAUCAUUGUAUCUAGGGAUGGGAGUUGGAUUUGCAGUAGGUUUCUGGGGGAUUUGUGGUUCUUUGUUCCUUAUUAGAAAAUGGAAGCAUGCAUACUUUCGGUUUGUUGAUAGAGUGCGUGAUAAGAUCUAUGUUACUUUGAUCGUAAAGUUAAACCGAUUUAAAAGAAAUUGAGCACCUGCUAUAGUUAAGGUGAUUAUUAAUGUGGAAGAUUCUGCAUUUUUAUGCAAAUCGUGGAAGGUUACAAGUUGUAUGAGAUGAGAUCAUACAUAACUGAACAGUUGUUGCUGCUCAUGUCAUCUUUUACUUGUUGUAAUGUUUUUGUUCAUUGACAAUCUUACAGACAGUUUUGUGGAGAAAGUAGAUUAAUUCUUUCUAUUAUCUCUCUGUAUUUGUGUAAUUAUAUAAAAAUUUGCAAUGAAAGUACCAAAGUAUUACAAAAGAGGAUAGAUUUCAAACUAUACAAACUAAGUCUUACA